CACCCCCUUCCUUCCCCUGCCGCGCCCUGCGCCCGGCGAGAUGCUGCGAGCGUGCCAGCGCGUGGGGGUCGCGGUAGCCGCGCAGAAUUGCCGGUGUGGUAGAUCUUCAUUCCGUCCAUCACAGCUGUGCCGUGGAUAUGCAACAUCCGGAGAAUCGGGUGUUUCUGCAGGCAAAAUCAUUGGGGCAAGUGUUUUGGUUGUGGGUGGAGGAGUUGGUGGUACUGUGCUGUAUGCUAAUUAUGAUCCACGUUUCCGGGAGAACGUAGAGAAGACCAUUCCAUACUCUGAUAAACUCUUUGAGGUGGCACUUGGUCCUGCCCCAUAUAGUAUACCAACGCCAAAGAAACCGAUACAGCCUGGUGCACUAAAAAUCUCCUCUGUAACAGAGGUAAUGAAAGAAUCAAAUCUGCCCAGUACCAAAUCUCAGAAAAGUAAAACGGAAGCUCCUGCAACUUCAGGGGAACAAAAAGAAGCAAGCUCAGAAGUAGCUCAGAUCAUUUCUGCAGCAGGUGAAGCUGUGUCAAUCCCCGCGCCAGGUAUGCAGGAUGAAGAGCGUGGAAAAGAUCAUGUGCAUGAACACCAUGAAGGAAAACACAAACCUGCUGCACCAGGUGAAGAGUGUGCAUGUGAAGACUCCCAUGCUCUAAAAGAACGACCACCAGAGGAGGUUGCAGCCCGGCUUGCACAACAAGAUAAAGUGGAACAAGAGAAGAUUUCAGCUCUUGCAGCCACUUUGGAAGGAGCGCUGAGCAGGACCGCACGUAUAACCCUUCAGGCAAUUACAGCACAGGAAGCUGCAGUGCAGGCUGUUAAUGCUCAUGCUCAGAUCCUGAAAGAGGCCAUGGAUAAUUCGGAGGUUCCAGCAGAGAAGAAAUCCUCACAGUGGCGAACUUUGGAAGAAGCGCUGAAAGAUCGCAGGAAGGCUGUAGAUGAAGCUGCAAAUGCCCUUCUGAAAGCCAAAGAAGAAUUAGAGAAAAUAAAGGUUGUGAUUGAUGAUGCCAAAAAGUCUCGGAUUUCUGGCACCAAAUCUUACGUUCUUGCUGCGGAAGAGAAUCUUCAUCACAUGAUAGUGGACCUGGACAAUGCAAUCAAAAAGGUUCAGGGAGCUCAAUCUGAGGCUAAGAUAGUAGCUCAGUACCAUGAGCUUGUAGCUACAGCUCGGGAUGAAUUUCAGCGAGAACUUGAUAGCAUCACUCCAGAUGUAGAGUCUGGCUGGAAGGGGCUAAAGAUAACUGAUAUAGCUGGCCAGCUGUCAACAGAUGACUUAAAUUCUCUCAUUGCCCACGCUCAUCGUCGCAUUGACCAAUUAAACAGGGAACUGGCUGAGCACAGAGUGAGAGAGCAGCAGCACAUUGAGAUUGCCCUGGAAAAGCAAAAACUGGAAAACAAGAAAGCACUUGAGACUGCAGUGGCAAAAGCACUGGAGCACCAUAAAAGUGAGCUCCAGAUCGAGCAGGAGAGAAAGAUGGAAGAAGUCCGAGAGGUAAUGGAGACCGAAAUGAGAACCCAGCUUCGCAGGCAGGCGGCUGCCCACACUGAUCACCUGAGAGAUGUCAUUAAGGUUCAAGAACAGGAGCUCAAGCUGGAGUUUGAGCAGAACUUGUCUGAGAAGCUGAGCGAACAGGAAAUGCACUUCAGACGCCUUACGCAAGACCAACUGGACAACUUCACUCUGGACAUAAACACAGCCUAUGCCCGCCUGAAAGGAAUUGAGCAGGCAGUUGAGAGUCACGCGGUAGCUGAGGAAGAGGCCAGGAAGGCCCAUCAAUUGUGGUUAUCUGUGGAAGCUUUAAAAUACACCAUGAAAACUGCCUGUGGGGAGAGCCCUACUGAACCACUGCAGAGCGCAGUUGAGGCCAUCAGAGCCAGCUGUUCUGACAAUACAUUUACUGAAGCCUUAAUAGCAGCUCUCCCUCAAGAAUCGCUGACACGGGGAGUCUACAGUGAAGAGGCCCUCCGGGCACGCUUUUAUGUAGUCCAAAAACUGGCAAAAAGAGUGGCCAUGAUUGAUGAGACGAGGAACAGCUUGUACCAGUACUUCCUGUCCUACCUGCAGGCCCUGCUCAUGUUUCACCCUCAGCAGCUGAAGCCACCUGCUGAGCUCAGCACCAAUGACCUGGACACAUUUAAGUUACUGUCUUAUGCCUCCUAUUGUAUUGAGCAUGGAGACCUAGAGCUGGCAGCUAAAUUUGUCAACCAGUUAAAGGGCGAGUCUAGGCGAGUGGCGCAGGACUGGCUGGCUGAAGCGCGAAGGACCCUGGAAACAAAACAGAUUGUGGAAAUCCUGACUGCCUACGCCAGUGCCAUGGGCUUGGGAACAAUCCAAGUGCAGUGAGUCAGGAGUCUAUUUUUGGAAGCAGUUGGAUACAGAAUUGUUCCUGUGCUGGAAAGAAAUGAGGAGUUUAAGGAAGUUUGCGUUCUAGGACAUUGGCAUGGGCUAGCAAUGUUUGUCAACCACGGGUACCGUCCUGUCUCCUUGCACUGUACUGAACCACCUAUUGUGUUUUGUUGUUUCUGUCAUCAUUGUGACAGCAGACUUCAGGAAAGCUUUCUCUGCCAUAUGCAUAACAACUUUUGUUUCCAGGUCUUAACGAUCGGGCUUGUGAUCCAACCAAAAUAAUGUUUGUAACCCACCAUUACUGAUUUGCCACUUGGUGCAGUUAAAUAAAAAUGAGGUGUAAAAAAACCAACCCACGA